AUGGGCCCCCACGCUUCGGGAGCCACUGUGAUGGGCGUGCUGGAACCUGAAGGCCACUGGCUGCAGGCAGAGCUUGCCUCUGCCAGUGGCGACACAGUGGGUCACAUUCGCUUAUUCUAUGACGAGGAGGAGGACGCUGUCAUCUCCAACUUCAAGAACAUCCAGAAUGUGGAUUGGGGAAGAGACAUUGCUGCGAAGAAGGGUGGUGACGAAGAAAUCUUGACCACGGUAGUCGGGCGGUGGGUGCAGGCACGGACAGCAGCUGCCAUUACAGACCAGGACGAGGAGGAGUUCUGCUACGACUCCUUCUGCAACAAACGAGGCAAGUGUCAGAGAUGCCCUUGUCAAAUCUUCGUGCUGUCCGAGCACCUCAUGAACCAAGAGAUGCUUUGCAGGCGGUGCGGCUGUGCUGCGAUCCAUCACGCCAAGGUCGGCAAGUUCCGGUUUCACGAGGGCCAGAAAGGCAAAGACUCGGAAGAUCCCAGCACAGCAAGGCCCCCACAGAAAACGGCGAUGGAUGAAAUACCAAGCCGAAGGUGGAGCCUGGAUGAUGCCACUGCGGGCGAGGAGAUCGUUGAGUUCAUCAUCAGGCAGCUGGAGCUGGCCAAGAACCUCUACGAGGUUCUCGGGGUGGCUCCCAGUUCUUCGGCCCUGGAGAUUCGCCAGGCUUAUCGGGCCAUCUCGCUCAGGGUGCAUCCGGACAAGAUCAAUGCCAAUGCGGCGCAUGCGCAGAGCGAAGACGAGAGCCUGAGCUUGUCAGCCCUUGCAGAAGACGCAUUCAAACUGGCGUCCUCGGCCUACGAAGUGCUGAAUGAUGAGAUCGAGCGAAGAUCGUACGAUCGACAGCUGUACUUGGACUGGGUGCGAACGGAGAAAGCAAAGGCAAAGCCGAAACCGAAGCCAAAGGCAAGGCAUGCGGCAAAUGUGCCCACUGCUGUUUGCAAGAAGCCUCAGCCUACGGCUCCGGCCAAGGGCCCUUGGGACACUGAAGGCGAAGACGGCAAAGAUCCAGGCAGGCGGGUGGAUGAGUUCUUCAAGAAUCCGACCAUUGGUACCUUCAUGAACUCUCCCUACUACGGUGAGGACGGCGUGUUUGGUAGCAGCGGGACGAUCAAAGAGAAUCCUGCGGGCGGGUUCAGCUUUGAGCUUCCCGGUGGCGGUGGUAUUCACAUUGACAACGGAAACGGCUAUCAGCGACUCAAGCAGAUGGAGGAGGACUUUGCAAAGACCGGCCAUGUCCCGCUGCGCCCUCGGAAGACGGGCUCGGCGAUCGGCAAGUCACGCACCAUGAAACGGGCUGUACGGGCCUAG